GUCAAAAAGAAGCCCACGAGCUCAUAUCACAACAUUGUGCUGGUGCCGGCUCCCUCCAGCUCUCCGCCCCCGCACUUCUUUGGCGCCAUACCAAUCAUCCGCCAGCCGGGCUCCUUUCGGAAUCUCCGUCACCUUCACGCCGACGAUAUAUACACCAGCGAAACGAACAAACCUUCGGAUCGGGACAAUCACCUGACAAUUCCGCUCAUCUCCUUCUAAUAUCGACUUCUCACUUUCACGGCAUUGCAAUCCCUUUCUGUUUUUUUUUUCCUGCCCGGUUCCUCCGCCGCCGGCGAUACGCUAAUUUUGCCAGGUGAAGUUUUUAAAGCUCUGAGCACGAGAAAUGGCUACCCUUCAAGACAUUUGUUAUUCGGCAGCUAUCAAUCUUCUAUCCGCAAUCGCCUUCCUCUUCGCAUUUGCGAUGCUGAGGCUUCAGCCGGUGAACGACAGAGUGUACUUCCCUAAGUGGUAUCUCAAAGGGAUACGAGGGAGCCCAACGCACCAUGGGGGGUUUAUGAAGAAGUUUGUGAAUCUGGAUCCUAGAACCUACAUAAGGUUUCUGAACUGGAUGCCGGCAGCAUUGCAGAUGCCAGAACCUGAACUUAUUGAACACGCUGGACUUGACUCUGUAGUCUAUAUACGGAUUUACCUUAUGGGGUUGAAAAUAUUUGUUCCUAUUACACUCCUCUCCUGGGCGGUGCUUGUCCCUGUCAAUAUGACUGGAGGAACACUGGAUAAGAUAAAAGACUUGACAUACAGUGAUAUCGACAAGUUGUCGAUAUCAAACAUCGCAGAAAACUCUGUAAGGUUUUGGGCCCAUGCGAUAAUGUCAUAUGUCUUCACGUUUUGGUCAUUUUACGUGAUCUACCAUGAGUACAAGGCGGUAGCGAACAUGCGCCUGCAGUUUUUGGCUGCAGAAAGUCGUCGCGCCGAUCACUUCACCGUUCUUGUGAGAAAUGUUCCUGCAGAUCCAGAUGAAUCAGUGACAGAUCACGUCGAGCACUUUUUUCGUGUGAAUCAUCCCGAGCAUUAUCUCCUUCACCAGGUGGUAUACAAUGCGAACAAGCUUGCAGAUGUGGUUGAGGCAAAGAAGGCGAUGAGGAAUUGGUUAACCUAUUAUCAAAACAAAUACGAUAGAAACCCGUCUACAAGGCCAACCACAAAGACAGGCCUGUGGGGUAUUAUCGGAACCACAGUGGAUGCAAUCGAGUACUAUGAAUCUGAGAUUGAGAAGUUGAUCAAAGAGGAAGAGUUGGAAAGGGAGAAGGUUCUGAGUGAUGCUAAUGCCGUGAUGCCAGCAGCAUUUGUAUCUUUCAAAUCCCGAUGGGCAGCUGCGGUUUGCGCACAAACUCAGCAAUCAAGCAACCCAACAAUGUGGUUGACUGAGAGAGCUCCUGAGCCACGUGAUGUAUACUGGAGCAACCUAGCCAUACCAUAUGUGGAGCAUACUAUUCGAAAGUUUCUCAUGGCGGUUGCUCUCUUCUUCUUGACCUUCUUCUUUGUCAUUCCUAUAGCAUUCGUCCAGUCUCUGGCCACCAUCGAGGGGAUUGAAAAGGUUUUCCCGUUCUUGAAGCAUCUUAUAGAAGUCGAUUCUGUCAAAUCCAUAGUCCAAGGGUUUCUUCCAGGAAUUGCUCUGAAAAUAUUUCUCAUUGUACUUCCAACGAUCCUCAUGUUGAUGGCCAAAAUCGAAGGAUUUCACUCACUGUCAUCUUUGGACAGGCGAGCAGCUUCAAAGUAUCACUUGUUCCUUCUUGUCAACGUCUUCUUUGGUAGCAUCAUUACAGGGACAGCUCUAGAGCAGCUGAAAACAUUCAUGAAACAGUCUGCUUCCGAAAUCCCACAAACAAUUGGUGUGUCGAUCCCAAUGAGAGCCACCUUCUUCAUCACUUACAUUAUGGUGGAUGGUUGGUCGGGAAUAGCAGCCGAGGUCCUCAGGUUGGUGCCAUUGAUCAUCUUUCACUUAAAGAACACGUUUUUGGUGAAGACCGAGCAAGAUAGAGAGCAAGCCAUGGACCCAGGUAGCAUAAGCUUCCCCAUAUCAGAGCCUCGGAUACAGCUCUAUUUCAUGCUUGGUUUCGUUUACGCCGCUGUCACCCCCUUGUUGCUCCCUUUCAUCCUCGUCUUCUUCGCCUUCGCCUAUGUCAUCUUCCGCCAUCAGAUCAUCAAUGUGUACGACCAAAAAUACGAGAGCGGAGCAGGCUACUGGCCAGAUGUGCAUCGACGCUUGAUUAUCGGCCAAAUGAUAGCUCAGAUGCUCCUAAUGGGUCUGCUGAACACGAAGGGAGCAGAGGAGCUGUCCCCUUUCCUCAUCCCUCUCCCUAUUUUGACAAUGUGGUUCCACAAGCUCUGCAAAGGGCGCUUCGAAUCCGCCUUUGUGAAAUUCCCAUUGCAGGAAGCCAUGGUGAGGGAUACCCUGGAGCGAGCUACCGAUCCAAACCUGAACCUGAGAACGUACCUUCAAGAUGCCUACAUUCAUCCAGUUUUCAAGCACGACCCAUCUGAUAAAACAGAGACUAUGAUCUACUACGAUGAAGAGGACAAUCCGCUUGUUGCUACUAAGCGAAGCAGUAAGUUUGUGUCGGACGUCAGUUCCGGGUCUGGUUCCUGAUAUACACAAAAAAGAAGAAGAAGAAGAAAAAAAAAACAAAGGAACAUAUGAUCUUUUCCUUAUUAUUUGUAUUUAUUAUACAUAUUGAUUGUGUACAUGAACUGAAUAACGGACAAGAUUAAUACCACACGUGAAUGUUGAUACCGAAAUGCUGGUGUAGACCAAGUACGUACCACCCUUGGAAAAAUGGACAUUAACGAGACUUUAAAACAUUGAGGGGACUUGUUUUAU